AUGGAGAUCAUCUAUUUGUUGACUGACCUGAACCCAAUUCAAGUAAUUGUUGAUGCAGUUAUCAACAAUGGGUUAAGCGAAGAUGCCACCCGUAUUGGGUCAACUGGAGUGGCUAUUUACCUGCUCACCACUGGUGCUCGUGAAAGUUCCUUCAGAAACGUCAAGACUAUUGCAAAGUGCCUUGCUGAUGAACUUAUUAAUGCCGCAAAAGGCUCUUCAAACAGCUACGUUAUAAAGAAGAAGGAUGAGAUUGAGAGAGUUGCUAAGGCUAACCGUUAA